CCCACAUGCCCUUGAUCUCUGAAAACAUGCGUAUCAACACAUCCUGUCACACCGUGGCUCGCUCAUCCCCAUCCUGCUAAACGUGCAUGUGUCCUCAUACAUGUGCUUGGUAAAAGUUUUAGUUUAAUUCUUUAUUUCAUUCAUUUGUAAAAUAAAAAAAAUAAACAAAAUUUAAUGUAAAUACAAACUUCUCCAAACUAGAAUGAAAGGGAGCAGAAAGAAGACAAGUCUUAUUUUAUCUGCCCCUUUAUCAGUCAAGUGAUUUCUAAAAUGUCAUCACUAUGAACAAUCUCAACAACUGCUUUUUUUUUUCAUGUUAAAGGUGUACGGUCAUGAUGUAAUUUGUCCUGGCAUCGAUUCAGCCAAAUGUGUUCUUAGUUAAUGAUUGCUGUGGCAACCCUAACACGAGGUGAAAUAAAAGCUGUGUCUAAUCUGAAUAUGCACAAUCAAGUGCUGCAACUACAGAGCUGUCAGCCUCUAAAUAAGGCUGAUUAAUCCAAAUCCAAAGUGUAACUCAUGGGAAAUGCACCAAGAGCAAAAUGCCUGUCUUUUGAAAUCAGGGGAUUUAGAGAUUUUGGAGACACGUGCACAGACAGCUAUCCUACUUGAAGACAACCACUUUGCGGUAUUAGAACAGACAGAAAGAAGAGGAGGAGGAGAGAAGCGGAGAGGCAGAAAGGUCAGGGUCUUGCCUGUUGAAGUGAGCUUGACUGCAAUCAGAGCUGCGGGACAAACGGAGAACAGGGGAAGUUUUGUUAGCAGGCUUUGACUUCAUCAUUGUGGUCAUCUGAGUAAAAAAAAUAUUUUUUUUUUACACAAGACUGAAAAGGGAGGAGAGAGACUAACAAAAGGAGCCCAGACAAACAAAAAGAAUAUCUUGUCCUUGCAGUAUUGAGGUAUCAUGACACAACAGGUCAGCGGCUCACCGUUCCUCAAACCCUUCUUUCUGAAGACGCCUGUCAGAGUGGUCACCCCUCUGCAGCAGAGAAGACACACACUCCCCGCCAGCGAGUUCAGGAACCUCACGCCACAAGACGCCAUCAGUGUGUUCGAGAUUGAAAGAGAAGCAUUUGUCUCUGUGUCUGGAGAGUGUCCGCUUACCCUGAAUGAAGUGCUUAAUUUCCUGGGUCAGUGUCCUGAGCUGUCACUGGGUUGGUUUGAAGAGGGACAGCUGGUAGCUUUCAUCAUCGGCUCUGGUUGGGACAAGGAGAGGCUUUCACAGGAGGCCAUGACUCGGCACGUCCCAAACACCCCCACCGUGCACAUCCACGUGCUGUCAGUGCACCGCCACUGUCGCCAGCAGGGCAAGGGCUCCAUCCUCUUGUGGCGUUACCUGCAGUAUCUGCGCUGCAUGCCGGGCAUCCGCCGGGCUCUGCUGAUCUGCGAGGACUUCCUGGUGCCCUUCUACCUCAAGGCCGGCUUCAAGGGGAAAGGGCCGUCUGCCAUCUCCGUGUCCAACAUGCACUUCCAAGAGAUGGAGUACACGCUCAGGGGGCAGGCGUACGCACGGCGGAACAGCGGCUGCUAGUCCCUCGACCUCCCAACCCACCCUCCUCCCACUUGCUCACCUCUAACGUGGACUCAAGGCAGAAAAGAUUAACAAAACACAUCAGGCAGAUGGACAGAUAAAAAGGGCUGGUGAGCACUGGGUUCAGCAUCCUGAAGUCCCCUGUGACCCGCUGAACGGGGUCCAUGUGAGGACAGAGGGGACGAAAAGUGGAUUCACUUCUUCAAGCAACAAAAUGUUUUGUUUUUUUCUACAAAUAACAUCGUGUCUUAUCAGAGAUCAAAUGUCUUAGCAAAUCAGCUUUGUGAGUUUA